CUUUCUGUCUGUACUGAGAGAUGUCUUCCAGGAUCCAGCAAGAAAGUGAAGGAGGGACAGCCACCUUGCUGCUACGAUUGCAUCCCAUGUCCAGAGGGGAAGAUUGCAAACCAGGAUGAUAUGAAUGACUGUAAGAAAUGCCCAGACAAACACUAUCCAAGCAAGAACCGGGAUGCAUGUCUACCCAAGGAUAUCAGCUUCUUGUCUUAUGAAGAACCAUUGGGCAUCAGUUUAGCCUGUUUCUCUCUUUCCCUUUCCUUGAUCACAGCUCUGGUACUUGGUAUAUUUAUAAAACAUCACGAUACACCCAUUGUCAUUGCAAACAACCGAAACCUCACCUACGCUCUCCUCAUCUCUCUUCUGCUCUGCUUCCUUUGUGCAUUGCUCUUCAUUGGCCAACCAGAGAAGGUGACCUGCCUCCUCCGACAAACAGCUUUUGGUAUCAUCUUCUCAACUGCUGUUUCUUGUGUCCUGGCAAAAACUUUAACUGUGGUUUUGGCCUUCAUGGCUACAAAACCAGAAUCCAGGAUGAGGAAAUGGGUGGGGAAAGGACUAGGCCACUCCAUUCUCCUUUCCUGCUCCAUAGUUCAAGCAGGGAUAUGUACUGUGUGGCUGGCCACCUCUCCCCCAUACCCAGAUGUAGACAUGCACUCAGUGACAGAAGAAAUUAUACUAGAAUGUAAUGAGGGGUCUGUGGCCAUGUUUUACUGUGUCCUCAUCUACAUGAGCUGCCUGGCAACUGUAAGUUUUGCUGUGGCUUUUCUCGCUAGGAAGCUUCCAGACAGUUUCAACGAAGCCAAGUUCAUCACCUUCAGCAUGUUGGUUUUCUGCAGUGUUUGGCUAUCCUUUAUUCCUUCCUACCUGAGCACCAAGGGAAAAUAUAUGGUAGCUGUGGAGAUCUUCUCCAUCUUAGCUUCCGGUGUUGGGCUGCUGGUUUGCAUCUUUUCCCCCAAAUGUUAUAUAAUCCUUCUGAGGCCUGAGCUGAACAAUAGGGAACAGCUAAUAAGGAAGAAAAAUUAA